AGAAGUAACCCACGGUCUUGUAGCAGGUGUCAGGGACUCACAAGGCCCUGGGCUAGAACCUGGAGUAGAGGGUGGGCCCACGUUCCCCCCCAACACUCACUUCCCCAUUUCCACUCAGGAAAAAAGAUUGUGGCGUUUAUUCUAACUUUAUACCAUACGCUGGCCAAUGAUGAAAAGAGCUCAGCAAACAGCAAAUUAAUGCUCUUAGUGUGGUGCCUAAAAUUGAGGGCUGCUGUUAGCCUAUGAGGCAAGCAAAUCCACCUGAAAGUGCAAGGUCCACCGAGUUUAAGUAGGAGCUUUGUCACAAUAUUCGUUAUCCAGAGGUAGGAAAACUAAGAACAGCAGCAGUUGGAAUGUAAUUCUUGUCAGUACUUUUGUUGUUUACAGAGUUCUGAAUGUCAGCACUGAAACAGAAAAUUUACAGUGCUGCUUCUUAACAAGUGGAUGAGCAGUAGAAGCUGAAAAUUUGAGAGAAAACACUACGAUAUAUAUUUUGUUUACAUUUAGUAAAGGUUGGUUCGAAGCUAAUCUCCUGUCACAAGCUGGUUCUGGCUUGUGUUAUCCCUUACUUCAGAGCUAUGUUUCUUUCUGAAAUGGCUGAGGCAAAACAGACAUUGAUUGAGAUCAAGGAUUUUGAUGGAGACGCAAUAGAAGAUUUGGUGAAGUUUGUCUAUUCCUCCCAGCUUACGUUGACUGUUGAUAACGUCCAACCUCUUUUAUAUGCAGCCUGCAUUCUUCAGGUGGAGCUAGUAGCAAAAGCCUGCUGUGAAUAUAUGAAACUACACUUUCAUCCCUCAAACUGCCUGGCAGUGAGGGCCUUUGCAGAGAGUCACAAUCGCAUUGACUUGAUGGACAUGGCUGACCGAUAUGCUUGUGAACACUUUACAGAAGUGGUGGAAUGUGAGGACUUUGUGAGUAUGUCACCUCAGCACCUCCAUAAACUCUUGUCCUCUAGCAAUCUGAACAUUGAGAAUGAGAAACAGGUUUAUAGUGCAGCUAUCAAGUGGCUUCUUGCUAAUCCACAGCAUCAUACUUCAUGGUUGAAUGAAAUACUUUCUCAGGUACGUCUGCCUUUGUUGCCUAUUUGUUUCCUUAUGGGAGUUGUGGCAAAAGAAGAGAUCAUCAAGCAGAAUCUAAAAUGUAGAGAUUUACUGGAUGAAGCAAGGAACUAUCAUCUUCACCUGAGCAGCAGGGCGGUGCCAGGCUUCGAGUAUUCCAUCCGCACAACUCCAAGGAAUGAGACUGCAGGUGUGCUAUUUUGUGUUGGUGGUCGAGGUGGAUCAGGUGAUCCAUUUCGCAGUAUUGAAUGCUAUUCUAUAAACAGAAACAAUUGGUUCUUUGGUCCUGAAAUGAACAGCAGGAGAAGACAUGUGGGUGUAAUCUCUGUUGAAGGUAAAAUCUAUGCAGUAGGUGGGCAUGAUGGAAAUGAGCAUUUAGGCAGCAUGGAAAUGUUUGAUCCUGUCACUAAUAAGUGGAUGAUGAAAGCAUCAAUGAACACGAAGAGGAGAGGAAUUGCUCUCGCCUCCCUUGGUGGACCCAUUUAUGCCAUAGGAGGGUUAGAUGACAACACUUGCUUCAGUGAUGUGGAGAGAUAUGACAUUGAAUCUGAUCAAUGGAGUGGAGUAGCAUCAAUGAAUACGCCCAGAGGAGGAGUUGGUUCAGUUGCCCUUGUGAACUAUGUAUAUGCUGUUGGUGGCAAUGAUGGUGUAGCCUCUCUCUCUAGUGUAGAGAGAUAUGAUCCCCAUCUGGAUAAGUGGAUAGAAGUGAAAGAGAUGGGUCAACGAAGAGCUGGCAAUGGGGUUAGUGAACUCCGUGGUUGCUUAUAUGUUGUAGGUGGCUUUGAUGACAACUCUCCAUUGAGCUCCGUUGAACGGUUUGAUCCUCGCAAUAAUAAGUGGGAGUAUGUAGCAGAACUUACAACCCCCAGGGGUGGAGUUGGCAUAGCAACACUAAUGGGUAAAAUUUUUGCAGUUGGUGGGCAUAAUGGCAAUGCAUACCUCAACUCAGUGGAAGCCUUUGAUCCAGUGAUGAACAGGUGGGACCUUGUUGGAUCUGUUUCUCACUGCAGAGCUGGAGCAGGAGUAGCUGUAUGUUCUUGUCUUAUUAGUCAGAUCCGUGAUGUUGGUCAGGGAUCCAGCAAUGUGGUUGAUUGUAUGUGAACUGAUUCAAGCCUUCAGCAACCCCCCAGGAUGGAGUGACAUGACCACAAGAGCAUUGCUCUGAGGUUUUUAAUCAUAUGACAUGGUUUAAAAAAUACUGAUUGCAUCUUAGAUGUGAUAACUUGAUGAUUAAUUUAGGAUUCAGCUUUUCACAAUUUUCUAAAGUGUAUCUCCUUCAGAAAAGCCUAGGUUCAUAUGAAAUAAGGACUGUAGUUUGAAAACCGAUAUCUCCUAGUAACUUUUCUAAACUAACUUCAGAAAUUAACAAACAUUUGAGGACAUUAAUCUGAAGCAUUUAUAAUUAAUAAAGUGGAUAUGGUCUGUGGUGAAAGAGCUGCACUUUGAAUUGUUAAACUACCUCCCCCUAAUCUGCAAAAAGAAAUCUGAGAUAUGCACUCUGUAUAUGUAAUAUGUACACUCUGACAGAGCCUUAAAAAGAAAAAGUCCAGUUUGUAGCACUUUAGACAGGAAUAAAGCAUAUCAAUGCUUUGGAGAUUCAUUUCCCUAUUGUACACCUGAGGAAACUCAGGUUCAUUACCCAUCAGAGGAGUUGAAUGGCAGGUGCUCAGCAUUUUUGAAAAGCAAAGUAAUUGUUACAAGAUGGAAAUAAAGUCCACAACUCUGAUCUGCUUCUGUGGGAUUUAGCCACUAGAUCAUGUUUCCUCUUAAUUCGGUGAAACCUACAAUAGGAAACUCCUUAAGAAUAAAAGCCUGUGAGAGGCUUCCUGUAUAAUUUUGUGUUUUAAUAGAAAUGGUUUGCCUAGAUAGGCACAGUUUACUGGUCCUUUAUUACACUCUAAUUACUAUAUUCUUGGAAAAAGGAAUGCACAAUGAGAAAAAUUACAAUAAAAAAAAAAUCUGCCUUUUUCUAAAUGUAACUUUUAGUGACUUACAUGUUCAGUAUUGGUUAACCGAGUGAUAUAAGCUAGGCCAGGAAAAUAUAAAUGUUACUGGUUUCAGCUACAAACAUGCAGUCUUGUAGACUGUUUUAGUUUGAGACCCAGAAUGAAACAAAUCUUCAAAUGAAGAAUCAUGGCAGCUGUUGGAAUCUAAAGUCACUUUAAAUAAACAUUAGUAUCAACAAAAAUUAUAUAUCAGGGGAUUAAUAGUCUUUCCUAUAUAGAUUAAUAGUCUUUUGUAUAUGGGUUUUGUUUGCCACAUGCAGUGACACAUUCUAAUUAAAAAAAUAAAUUGUGCUAUCUUUCAACAGUAUGGCAUUUGAAAGACCAGGAAUCUAUUACAGUAAAACUCCAAUUGUCCGGCACUCCUGAUACUCCAGCAUCAAAAUGGCAAGUGCUCCCGGCCAGCUGAUUGAAAAGCCGGCUGCUCAGUGCACAUGCCGGCUGUACUGGGACCGAGCAUAAGGUUGCGGGGUGGAGUGGGAUCGGGUUACAGCAGGGAAGAGAAGUGUUUUGCUCCAGGGAAGGGGAGGGGGAGGAGGAUUGGGUUACGCAGGGAAUCCCAGCCAGCUGAUUGAAAAGAUGUGCAGCUGUACUGGGACCCAAGCAUAAGGUUGGGGGGCUGAUUGGGUUGGUACUCCAGCAUAUCCGAUAAUCUGGCACCACCUAGGUCCCAAAGGUGCCGGAUUAUCAGAAGUCUACUGUAUUAAGCUAUUAACCAUCUAUAUUCAAUGUAUGCUUUGUACAUAUUUAUUUAAAAUUUCUAUUUGUAACUUUGUGUUUGGGGACCUUUCAGGCUUUUCAAGUUCAUUACCUCAACCAUUAGUUUAAUAACAGGAUUCCUGUAUGUGAAACUAAGAAGUUCCUAGGAAUCUUUUACAUCUUGUCUAAGAGCUUGCCUUUGUCUGAAUAGCUAUUCAACUGUCUUCAUUUUGAUGAUGGAUUUGCAGUUAAGGUAUAAGCAACUGCCUUUAAUAAGUCUGACUAUCUGAUUUUAACUUGACAGGACGCACUUGUUUAAAACUUGAAUUGCCUCAGCAAAUGUUUAGCAAUUUUAAAAAGUAUUCUUUCCUAGUUUUAAUCUAUUGGAAUUGUAUUUUGAUUACCCCUUGCUAGACUAUCUAAAACCUUCGUCAUUUAUUUCCUCUUGGUCGGUACUAUAUACCAAAUUAAAAUACUGACGAGGGAAUGAUCUUGCCUUCUAAACAAUUGUAAUAGUAUCCAUAUAACCUGGCAGAAAAACAAAUCAGCGGGUAAAGGAAAAAAUGUAAGCACCGCAUUCUACAGAGAGAUUUUUACAUAUAUGUGGAAAACCUCAAAAUCAAGAGCUACUUCAGCAGAAGACAACAGAUUUUCACAAACCUGAAUUUUCUUGACAAGAUCAACAGUUUACAGUUUUCUUAAGUUCAGUGUUUGGUAUUGAAAUACUAGUAGAGACUGUGGGACUGGAACAAAAUAGGGGAAUGAAAAUCCUAUAUUUCUUGAAGAAAUAUUUAUUAACUAGAAAUAAUAUGUAUGUUUAGUACCAUGCUAGGAAAGUUGUUAGCUUUACCAGAGAUCCUAAAGCACACACAUCACAGCUUUAGUAUUUCACUGUCACAUUUUACAAUUGUUUUUUGUUUCAAAAUUAUUGUAGUAUGGAUAUUCAGUGGACAAAAUACAGAAUGGACUGGUAUUACACUGAAAUAUAUGGAGGUUGUAAUAAAAUUAAUAAUAUUCUAA